UAAAUAGGGUCCCACAAUGGCCGUGGCCGGUUGCGCUCGGAGCUGCGGGGUCAGGGACGGGAGCUGGCCGCACGGGUCUGCGUCCUGGUGGCUGAGUGCAGGUGCUCGGUGCUCCGGGGGAGCGGUGAUCUGCGGCCAGGGGGGUCCUCCUAAUCUCCCUUGUCUGCCCAGUUGAAUUUGGGGACAAAAGCUCUUCCUGCUUUCGGAGGACUUGCUGGUCCUCGGAGAAGGGAUAGCGAGGCGAGUGGGGAGAGCAGGGCUUUCCCGCGUGUCUGCGUGGGGCGCAAGUGAGCGCCAUGCCCCGCUGCGCCCUCGCGGCGCUGUGCCUUUGGCUGCGCCUGGCGCCGGGAGUGCUCGGCGCGCCUUGUGAGGCCGUUCGCAUCCCCAUGUGCCGGAACAUGCCCUGGAACAUCACGCGGAUGCCCAACCACCUGCACCACAGCACCCAGGAGAACGCGAUCCUGGCCAUCGAGCAGUAUGAGGAGCUGGUGGCCACCAACUGCAGCGCGGUGCUGCGCUUCUUCCUGUGCGCCAUGUACGCGCCCAUCUGCACGCUGGAGUUCCUGCAUGACCCCAUCCGGCCCUGCAAGUCGGUGUGCCAGCGCGCGCGCGACGACUGCGAGCCCCUGGUGAAGAUGUACAAUCACAGCUGGCCCGAGAGCCUGGCCUGCGACGAGCUGCCGGUCUACGACCGCGGCGUGUGCAUCUCUCCCGAGGCCAUAGUCACCGACCUCCCAGAGGAUGUGAAGGGAAUGGACAUCACGCCAGACAUGAUGGUGCAGGAAAGGCCUCUGGACGUUGAUUGCAAACACCUGAGCCCAGAUAGAUGCAAGUGCAAAAAGGUGAAGCCAACCUUAGCAACUUACCUGAGCAAGAACUACAGCUAUGUUAUUCAUGCCAAAAUAAAAGCCGUGCAGAGAAGUGGCUGCCAUGAAGUCACGACAGUGGUGGAUGUAAAAGAGAUCUUCAAGUCAUCCUCACCCAUCCCUCGAACACAAGUCCCACUUAUUACAAAUUCUUCCUGUCAGUGUCCACACAUCCUGCCCCACCAGGAUGUCCUCAUCAUGUGUUAUGAGUGGCGUUCAAGAAUGAUGCUUCUUGAAAAUUGCUUAGUAGAAAAAUGGAGAGACCAACUUAGUAAAAGAUCUGUUCAGUGGGAAGAGAGGCUGCGGGAACAGCAGAGAACAGUUCAGGACAAGAGGCGGACAGCCGGACGCACCAGUCGCAGUAAUCCCCCCAAACCAAAGGGGAAGCCGCCUGUUCCAAGAACAGCUAAUCUGAAGAAGAACAUCAAAGCUAGAAGUGCUCAAAAGAAACCAACCCCCCAAAAAAGUGUGAACUAAUUGCUUUCCAAGAUGGAAACAUCCUGGCCGGAUAAGACAGUAUUGCCUGAGACAGGUGCGGAAGGACACACACUCUUGCCUUAAGGACUCGCUGCAACACUUCUCACAGGCACAUUUGCAGCUCUUUUCUUAGUAAUAUGCUUCAGUUUUCUUGUUAAUAUUCUAGCCGUAUAGGUGGCUGGUCCUCUAGUAUGGAAGGUAUGAGAGUAUAGCUGGUCAGAAAAUGUUGUGCAUCAGGAGUGGCCUGUGUGCAUAUUCUGUGGGACCUCCAUGGGAGAGAGUGUGCUCUUAUUCAGACAGUUUGGCCUCAUGAGGAUAUUGUAAAAUUAACACUUUAUUUCAAAGAAAACACUUAAUUUUUAACAAAAUACCUUACUUCUGUUUCAUUUCUGUUAGGAGGUUAGUGGUAUUUUAAAUGUGAUUGAAGACAAAGGUUGAAUAAAGCAAGCGGAAUGAAUGUUCAGAAGAUCUUUAUGUGUUCACUGUCUGCAAAACAAAUUUUCUGAUGAAGAGUUUUGGUUUUUAAAUUUAGAACUGUAGGAGAUGGGAAAUUGUAAUGCUGUUUGUAAGAUUUUCAGUUCUGUUUCUAGACAAAAACUUUAAAAAAUUAAAUUUAUAAUGACCAACCAAUAAAAAGGAGAUGCAGA